AUGCUCGCAGCGUUGCGGGCGUCCCACAGCCCGGUGCUGCGAAGAUCCCUGCGCAACGUGGUUGCAGCAAGCAAGUGGCGCGAAACGUAUCGUCAGCUGUUUCAAGAAGCAGACAAAGACAACAAUGGUUUCCUGGACAUCGCAGAGGUGAAACUUCUGCUCCGCGAGCGGCUCAAGGCCCUCAGCACUGCGAAAAAAAACACGGCGCCGGAGGCAACGGAGGCAACGGAGGACGCGGAAGCGGAAGCGGCGGCAAGGCGCUCGGAGGAGGAAUACAUUGAUCAUUGCAUCGAACAAGCAGAUGUGAAUAAGGAUGGCAAAAUCGAUAUCGAUGAGUUUGUUCAUUUGAUGGUCCUUCAUCUGCCGGAUGCGCGCAUUGCAGCCGACGCCGAAUUCGUAACGGAUCAGCGCCGGUGCAUCGCGGAGUGGUCGGGGGAGAGGGCUCAGCAUUGGAAAUGGAGUGUCUAA